CUUAUCUACUCUGCUACUUGCCUCCGUUCUUUUCAUUCCUUAUUGCGAUAUCAUCCUCUUCACGCAAGGAUUGAGUCAACCAACGCGAUUCAAUCAUGCGGAUCUCCCGGAUCGCCGCCGUGCUAUUCACGGUAACCUCAACCGUCGCCGUCAGUGUGAAUCCCUUACCGGCUCCGCGUGAAAUCACCUGGGGUUCCUCCGGCCCCAAAUCCAUCGCGGGAGAGCUGGCUCUGCGCACCAAAACGGAUACGGAUGACGAGAUUCUAGCCGAUGCGUGGGAUCGUGCUUGGGACUCCGUGAUCGGUUUGCGAUGGGUUCCUGCUGCGACGGAAGCUCCCAUCUCCUCCUUUCAGCCUUUCCCGACUCCCACUCCAGGUGGCCACAAGCCGGUAAAGCGCUCCUCGACUUCGCUGCAAUUUGUCAAGGUGCAUGUUGAAGACACUGAAGCCGAUCUUCAGCAUGGUGUUGACGAGUCUUACACUCUCGAUGUCGAGGAGGACUCCGAUAGCAUCAGUAUAACAGCCAAGACUGUCUGGGGUGCUUUACAUGCCUUCACCACCCUCCAACAGCUGAUCAUAUUCGAUGGUCACGGCGGUCUGAUCAUCGAGCAGCCAGUUAGCAUCAAGGAUUCUCCACUCUAUCCUUACCGUGGAAUCAUGCUUGAUACCGCCCGUAAUUUCAUCUCCUUGCCAAAGAUUUUCGAACAGCUGGAGGGUAUGGCUCUUGCCAAGCUUAACGUCUUUCAUUGGCACAUCGACGACUCGCAAUCUUGGCCUAUAUGGAUCGACACCUAUCCCGAGAUGGUUAGAGAUGCUUACUCGCCCCGAGAGAUAUACUCGCGGAACGACAUCCGCCAUAUUGUUUCUUUUGCUCGAGCUCGUGGUAUCCGUGUUAUCCCUGAGAUUGACAUGCCAAGUCAUUCCUCAGCAGGCUGGAAGCGCGUUGACCCCGAAAUAGUGACUUGCAUUGAUUCCUGGUGGUCUAAUGACGAGUGGCCCCUCCAUACCGCAGUUGAGCCAAAUCCGGGCCAGCUCGACAUUAUCAACAACAAAACCUAUGAGGUCGUACGCAAUGUUUACAACGAUCUGUCGGACAUCUUCCCUGAUCAUUGGUUCCAUGUUGGAGGAGAUGAGAUCCAACCCAACUGCUUCAACUUCAGCACACACGUCACCAACUGGUUUGCCGAGGAUCCCUCACGCACAUACAAUGACCUACUGCAAUAUUGGGUCGAUCAUGCCGUCCCAAUUUUCCAGGAAUAUAGUAAAGAGCGCCGUCUCAUCAUGUGGGAGGACGUCGUUCUGUCCGCGGAGCAUGCGCAUGAUGUGCCCAAGAACAUUGUGAUGCAGUCCUGGAACAAUGGCUUGGAAUACAUUUCGAAUUUGACUGCCAGAGGCUAUGACGUGAUCGUGUCGUCUUCUGACUUUAUGUACUUGGACUGUGGCCAUGGAGGCUUCGUCACCAACGACGUCCGGUACAAUGUGAUGUCUAAUCCGGACCGAAAGAACGCCAAUUUCAACUACGGAGGCAUAGGCGGAUCGUGGUGCGCCCCUUACAAAACCUGGCAACGUAUUUACGACUACGACUUCACCCUCAACCUCACCGAGGCCCAAGCCAAGCAUGUUAUUGGCGCGACAGCUCCUCUUUGGACCGAGCAAGUUGACGAUGUAACCGUAUCCAGCAUGUUCUGGCCUCGUGCCGCGGCUCUAGCAGAAUUGGUAUGGUCUGGUAACCGCGAUGCUAAUGGCAACAAACGCACGACACUCCUGACCCAGCGCAUUCUCAACUUCCGCGAAUACCUCGUUGCGAAUGGCGUGCAGGCUCAAGCUCUGGUUCCGAAGUAUUGUCUGCACCAUCCUCACGCUUGCGAUCUCUACCGUGACCAGACUGCCCUUCACUAGCCAUCAUCGCUGAUUCAAUUGAGUUUUGGGCUUCCGUUUCGUCGGUUGAGUAAUAAUAUCAAGGGAUGUACAUACCAGCGAUUUGAAUGCCGCCUUUCAUCAGGCAUUCAUUGUUACUUAUUUAAUUGUCGUGAGCUUCUUACCAGCCACAUGAGAUAACUCAAGCAGCUGUUGUGUCUUAAAUCCAUGAGGCAUUCUACUCUCUGAAACAAGUGCAUCGUUG